AUGGAACCCUUCACAGACUGUCAGUCAAUGCUCCCCCUUGGCUCGGUGGAUCAGGGCCCAACGUGGCGCACAGACCCGUCACUCUCCAACCUUGGUUCUCUGCUUGUUUUCCUCUUUCAGAGCGAGAGCCGAGAGCCCCUGCGAAGGAGCCACCGGAGGAUCCCGCUCAUGCACCGGAUCCUUUGGCGCAUCCACGAACAAUGGCAACUCCUGGGCUUCUUUGAGAUCAACCAGGACCACGAGUUCUACCCGCUGACCUGCAUGCUGAAGCAAGGGCUCAGGGCGUCGAUCCAGCACGCGAUGGAUAACUGGUCAUGCUUGGAAGUCCACAAGACGUCCGAUUUUAGGAAAGUGCUGAAGCAGCCCCAUGAGGGCUAUGAGAUGCGGACGUACGCCGGGCCCGUUUUUGCCUAUUUCCGGCAUUUCCUUGGCAUGAUGGAUCUGGAUUACCAAACAUCCUUGUGUUGCGAGAACUCCUACCUACAGUUUAUCAGCAACUCCAAGAGCUCUGCUAAUUUCUUCCUCAGCCACGACAAGCACUUCUUCCUGAAGACCCAGAAGCGGCGGGAGAUCCGUUUCAUCCUGACCAACCUGCCCAAAUACAUUGAGCACAUGGAGAGCUACCCGCACUCCCUCCUGGUCAAAUUCUUGGGGAUCCACAGUAUAGUCAUCCCUCGUCAGAAGAAGAAGUACUUCAUCAUCAUGCAAAGCAUCUUCUACCCCCACGAGAGGAUCUUGGAGCGGUACGACAUCAAAGGCUGCGAGGUCAACCGCUGGACGGAGGCGGCCCCUGAAGGCAGCGAGGUCAUCAUGGUCUUCAAGGACCUCAACUUCGGAGGCAAUACCAUCUGCCUCGACGAGCAGCGGUCCUGGUUCGUGCGCCAGGUGGAGCUGGACACCCAGUUCCUGAAGCACCUGCACGUGAUUGACUACAGCCUCCUGGUGGGCAUCCAGCCGCUCCGCGAGGACGAUCGCAUCCUGAAUAAGGCGCUGGUCAACAUCAUCACCAGGACAACGAUGUCGGUCAACCAGAGCCUGCGCAACCCCUCCGUGGUGACGCUGGAUGGCGAAGAGGAGAGCUCCCUGUCGUCCUUCAUCCACCAGACCGUCUCCAGCCUCGACCAGUUCUACAAGCUGUCCCCGGAGAGCAAGACCACCCUGCACACCUUGCUGGGGCUGUACCUGAAGCACCGGCCCAGCGUGGAGGUCGACCUGGAGCCGUCGCUGAAGAGCGAGACGCUGACGCGCGACAUCCUGGCACCCUACGUCCUGCACAGCAGCGACAGCUCCGAGGGGGAGGCUGGGGGCUCCUCCGAACCCAGGGGCAUCGGAGUGCCCAGCCGCAUCGCCUGGGGCGCCACCAGCCUCACCAACGACUCGAUCCACAUGGACCAGAACCUGCGCAUGCUGUCCAACUCCCGCAACCCGCUCCACGUGGUCGACGGGCCUGAGUACCGCUACUUCCUGGGCAUCAUCGACUUCUUCACGGAGUACGGCUGCCGCAAGAAGCUGGAGACCCUCUGGAAGAAGAUCCGCUACUGGAACCAAAGCUUCUCCACGGUGCCGCCACGUACCUAUGCCCGGCGGCUGCGCAAGUGGGUGGAAGAGCACACCGAGUGAAGGCUGGCCAGCCGGAGGGGAAGAGGCUCUGGGCGAGCAGGCGAGUGGCGGAGGGAGCCAGCCUCCAUUGACGCUGCCCCGUGCAACUUAAUGGCCGGUGGUGCCGACAACAAACCAAAAGACGGAACAAGGGGUGGACAGUUACAGUGUCGGGCGCAUGGCCAGCCUCUCAGUGGAAGUCCGCACUCGUCCCCGACUCCGGCAGAAGGUGGGAGACCAUAGGGCCAUCUAUGGGGCACAGGCCCGGCACAGAGGCGGCGAAUGAACAGCAACAGCUCGACACGAACAAUGAAUCCUGGGUUUUGGACCCGGCGGCACUGUAUUUGGAAACUUGCAAAUUGGGGCUUUUGAUCGUAAAUACAAAAAUGUUGGGUGGAGUUAAAACUCAUGAAUCAGGGAACACCCAAGAGUCCUCAAGCCACGCAGUUCCAAUGCACGGGGUAUCGGGGGUAGGCGAGGGAUGCAUGUCCUUAACUGAAGGAAUUAAAAUGGUUUGCUAUUCAUUUUUUAAAAAUA